CAAGGGCUUCCCAAGGCAGGACAGACCCAGAGCGUCGGAUCGUCUGUCUAGAGUAGUCGAGUGACGGCAGUGGAGGAGAGCGCACGUGAACAAAUUAGAGAUACCAGGAAGAUCACUGACACCUGAGCCAUGACGUCAUCUGAGAGCGACACCCGUCCCUCCCCCCAACAAGGCGGAAAAGAUCUGGAAGCACUGAAGAUUAAUGGAAGAUGGGCGGCAGGCAUCACCAUUCUGUGUUUCAUGUAUGGGGAGAUCACGGUGGCCAGCCAGCUGCCUGUAGACCCCCGCCAGGGAUCGUGGCUCCUCCUGCAGUCGCCCCUCCCCUCCCUCCUCUUGUGUCUCCUCUAUGUUGGCAUCGUCACCUGGUGGGGACCUCUCUAUAUGUCCUCUAGAAAACCUUUCUCAGGACUCAGACCCUUCAUGAUUGCCUACAACGCCUUCCAGGUCGUCUUUUCUGCCUGGCUAUUAUUUGAGGGAGGAAGAAACGGGUGGUUUGGGAGCUACAAGUUCAUCUGCCAGACUUGUGACUUCUCUAAUAACCCGAAAGCCAUUGGGAUGAUGCACGCAGCUUUCUGGUACUAUUUCUCGAAGUAUGUUGACUUCAUUGACACGAUCUUCUUCGUGUUGAACAAGAAGUACGAGCACAUCUCCGUCCUCCACGUCAGUCACCACGCCCUCAUGCCCAUCAGCCUCUGGUACGGCGUCCGUCAUCAGGCAGGUGGUCACGCUACCUUCAUGGGUUUCAUUAACUCCUUCGUACACGUUGUCAUGUACUCGUACUACCUGCUGGCGGCCAUGGGUCCCCGCCUCCGUCCCUAUCUCUGGUGGAAGAAGUACCUCACUAUGCUACAGAUGGUGCAGUUCACCAUCGUCUUCUUCCAUGCUGUCUCGGUGGCAUUCGUGGAGUGUGAGGUGCCGUCAGUGUGUCUACGAUGGGAGUGCGGUAUUGCGGUCAUGUUCUUUGUCCUCUUCGCAAACUUCUACAUCAAGUCGUACCGGAAAAGCGUAAAAAUCGAGGGUAAUGCUGGCACCAAGGUAACGAUGCCAGGCCUCUCAAACAUGUGUUACAUUCACCCAUCAAGCAAACAUUCUUACAAAAUGGCCUAUGAUGCAUCAAGAGUAAUGACCAACGGUUUCCCCAACGGCAAACCCAACAAUGUCUCCAACGGAAAACUCAACGGUGUUACCAAAGAAAUACCCAACAGUAUGGUCAUCGGUGCGUCAGAUGAUGCGUCUCCUCAUCGACAAGAAGCUGUGAGAUUAAGGAGUCCGGUUAGUCACUAAGUGGCGGAUUACUCAGGACCCUUAAUUACUGCGAGACCUUCACACACACCUGCUCAGGACACAACCAAACACCUGCAGAGUUCACAACGACACACCUGCCGAAACCACAACCAUACAUUUGCUCAGCUUACAACCACAAUACCAACAUGUCUGUCUCUCUCUUGCGAGUGCUUCAGGUUCUGUGAUCACUGCUUUAUGACAUCGAGUGAUAUAAUUUUGGCAUUAUAUGUUUUCAUCAUCUAU